AUGUCUGACUUCACCGAGAACAAUCGCCAGUACUUCGAAAAAAUGGCUAGUACCUACAACGACGAAUUCAAGGAAUUCAUUGAGAAGAAUUGCACAGAGGUCCUUAGCCGUCGUGCGUGGAUCAGUGAUACCUGGACCGACACCGAGUCUGGCCAGGGUAGGGAGAUCAAGAUGCUCGAGUACGCCUGCGGACCGGGUCCUAUAUCCAUGACUCUAGCUCCCUUCGUAAGCAAGAUCAUCGGCAUGGAUGUUUCAGAUGGCAUGAUCAGCGAGUUCAACAAGAACGCGAAGGAUGCGGGCUUAGUAAACAAGAUGACUGGAGUCAAAGCUGAUCUUCUCGCCGAGUCUGUGGCGGAGGAACUCUCCGCAGAAGAAUACACCAAUUUCGACCUUGUGGUGGUCAGCAUGGCGCUGCACCACUUUGAGAACCCCGAACUGGCCUUGGCGCGGUUGAGUGAGCGCCUCAAGAAAGGGGGUGUGCUUUUGGUCCUCGAGAUCCUGGCAGCAGGGGACCACCACGGCCAUCACGGCCAUCAUCAUAACCACCACCACCACCACCACCAUGAUGAGCAGCAUGAUUCAGCUCAUGGGAAGCUUGACUUUGGCGACGCUGAACACACAAUCGGCAGCCAUGGGUUCACACUCGAGCGGAUUCAGCAACUCUAUGAAGAAGCCGGAGUAGGCCUGAAUUUCCGAAGCGAGGUGUUGGAGCAUCAAAUGACAUUCAAGAUUCAUCAGAAGCUGCCGAAAGCCCUAUUCCUUGCUCGGGGACAACGCUGCUGAACAGUUUUAGUGAUAGAGUUGCAAUUAGAAGAGUAAUGGACUGAAUGUGAUGUGUGCCUUGCGUUCUCCAAUUUGUGUACUUAUUUUUUCCUUCUUUUCGACAUCAGACUAGGAGGUACCGAGUAGUCUAGGUUGUGUCGUGGUAGUUGCAGGUGCACCAUGACGCUGUAAGACAGUCAACCAAUCAUGUUUCGCGAAUAGUCAGACGCGAUCCGGCAGGAGAUCAAGUGUUCGGGAUUGGAGUUGACCGUGACAUCUGGUCGGAUGGAUCAUUACUCGAGAUGCUGGAGUAAGGCGACUGUAACAUCAUAAAUCCACGCAUUGACAGUCAUUUCCA